UCGAUCAUGUUCUUCAGGUUCAUUUGCGCGGUGGUGACCAGGUCUUUCUUUAUCUUAAUCUCUCUCAUAGGGGUAUGGGGAGUGGUGCUGGUAAAGAAAAAUGGACUUUACUGGUUUCUCACCAUUCUCUACUUGCCUCUGGUGGCUGAAAUGAUCCUGACCCUGAAGAGAAGGCAGGGGAAGGAUUACAAGUGGUUUUCUCCUGCCAUCUUCUUCUUCCUCAUCAGCAUCAUCCCGUCACUGUGGAUCCUAGAGCUUCACCACCAGGAGAACAAAUCCACUGACUCACGGUGUGAUAAAAUCGACUCGCGUCUGUUCAAUAUAUUGAGGAAUUCAACCAAUGGCACCGAGGCCCUCAAGCUCCUCCAGAGCAUCGCCAGCCCGCUGUCCUCGGUGUGCGCCAAUGACUGGAUCCUGGCCCUGCACCAGAUCCUGCUGAUCCUGCUGAUCCUGGGCAAGUGGGUGCUGCCAGCUGGUGAGGGGCUGACCAGAGACCAGCUCUCCCAGUUACUGCUCAUAUUUGUGGGCACCGCCGCCGACAUACUGGAGUUCACCUCUGAAACCCUGUCCGACGUGAAGGAUAACAGUCCCAUCAUGGUGUACAUCAUCCUGGGAGUGUGGACUUGGAGCAUGCUGCAGUUUCCACUGCAUCUGUCAGUUAUGGGUGCUUCCUCGGACGAGCUCUCGGACGCCAGCGCCUCUCUCUUCUCUCGCCUCAGGACUGAUAUCUGGAGCACGGUGGAGGCCUUGUUCAUCCAGGACGGGCCUUUCCUGGUGGUCCGCCUCACCGUCAUGAUCUACUUCGGCGUGGUCCACCAGAUGCUGAUCUUCUUCGCCAUCAAAAACUUCCUAGUUGUCAUUCUCAACAUCUACCGGCUCUUUGUCCUCAUCCGUGAUCACAAGGCCUCCUGAGUUUAGUUGUACAACAGAUUAACAAUGAAUGAUGGUGACAAAUGGAUUUCAUUCUUCAGGGCUCACAAACUUUGAAAUUUUCAUUUAUUUGCACAGAUUGUCUUCCUCUAAACUUGAUUACACAUGUUAAGGAUGGGGCAGAGGGCAGUAAGAGGUUGAUAGGAAAAAAGGCAUGCAAACUAUAACAUUUGCAUUUUUGGAAAUGUCCAUAGUGCUCGACAGUGAGGGAGCGGGUGGGGGUGCGGAGUUUUGCUUGAAGACAAAGGACACAGCAGGCCUUGUGUAAACAGUGCAUACACAUAAAAAACCUGUGUAUGACUGUUUCCACACUUUGGAUGUAUACAUAGUUAACUUGACAUGAGAAUGUGAGAAUGUGUGGUCCUGCAUGCAAACUUUAUAUCAGUGGUAUUCAACGCUGGGCUGGGUUCUUGAGGGGCUUCCAGGGAUCCUCAGCCAAAUGUUUGAUUAGUAGUGUGGAGUAGUAAUAGUUUUGAUUUUGAAAAUAUUUUGUUCGCUAGAAUUUAUGAUGCAGAAAAUGUGUGAUGGAUAAUUUCAACACUUUCUUCUUUCAGGUUCA